GACGUGUUCAGCUCUUUUUUGGGGACUCCCUCGUUUCUUCUUCUGUGUAUUUUGGCCCUGUUUUGUGUGGAAACUGUUUUGGCACCACCACAUGUAAAUUUCCUUUUUCCUCUUGAGAGCCUACCAACCGAUUCUACCAUCGGAGACUCUACAAUUUACAUAAGAAAAGACUCACCACCCCAAAAAACAACUAAAAAAGAAACCGUGUUGUUUCUCUCUCUCUUCCAUUAUUUCCUCUCCUUCGUAUAUCCCACGCAUCCCUCCUCUUUUCAUCUGUUCCUCCAACUCUCGGGUGAAUAUUGCAUUUUUUUUUUCAUUUUUUGCUGACAGUUAACUUCGCAUCUUGUUUUUGGUUGGAUUGGUUUGUUUUGCUGCCAAUUCUCUGGCACGUGAAUCGUGAUUGUGGUGCUGUUCCGCUGAGCUGUUGUCCGAGUUGCUGCGUUUCCAUUUCAUUAAUCUCUAUUUUGUUUCGCUGGGUAUUUGCUUUCUUCCCUUCUUCUCUUUUGCUUAAUACGUUUUCAAUUACCCAAAAGAAAAACUAAAGCUACCAUUUUCAUUUUAUGUAUUUCCUGAGUGUUUGCCGAACCAGAUUUCCAGGAACUGUCAUUUUCCCAUGGCCUUGAGCACCCAAAGAGCCUCUACAUCUCGUACUUCAGCUGAAUGGGCUCCUCCCCAUUGGAAGCAUGAUGUGUUUUUGAGUUUCAGGGGUGAAGACACUCGCAGCGGUUUUCUAUCCCAUUUAUACCAUGAACUGCAGUACUGGCAAGCAAUUAAAACUUUCAAGGACGACCGAGACCUUGAAAUAGGAGCAAGUAUUUCUCCGGAGUUGUUGACCGCAAUCGAACAAUCACAUCUUGCCAUCAUUGUUCUCUCUCCAAAUUACGCUUCUUCCACCUGGUGCUUGGAUGAACUUUCCAAGAUUCUUGAAUGCAUGCAAGACACCAUGAGAAUUCUGCCAAUCUUUUAUCACGUGGAUCCUUCUGAUGUACGAAACCAAAGGGGUAGUUUUGCGAAAGCUUUCACUACGCAUGAAGAAAAGUUCAGUGAAGAUGUAGACAAGGUGAAGCGGUGGAGAGAUGCUUUAAAAGAAGUUGCCAAUCUCUCUGGGUGUGAUUCAAAGAAUUAUCCGUCGGAAGCAGAGCUUAUUAAACACAUUGUCAAAUAUGUGUUUAGGAAAGUGCAUCCAACGUUCAUGUUGUCAGGUUCUCUAGACAAGUUAGUCGGGAUUGAUUCUGCACUUGAGCAACUACAUUUGCAAUUAGCUCCCAAAGAUAAUGAUGUUCGCUUUAUAGGGAUAUGGGGGAUGGGCGGGGUAGGCAAAACAACCCUUGCUAAGCUAGUUUUCGAGAGAAUUUCCCAUCAUUUUGAACUCAGCUGGUUUCUAUCUAAUGUGAGAGAGGUUUCUGGAAAACAAGGUGAUCUAGUUAAUCUACAAAGACAGAUUCUUUCCCCAAUCUUGAAAGAAAAUCUUGCCCAUGUUUGGGAUGAAGGAGCCGGAACCUUUUUCAUUCAGAAACAUUUACGCAAUAAAAAGGUUCUUCUCAUCCUUGAUGACGUGCAUCAAUUAAACCAACUUAAAAUACUGGUUGCAAAGAAAGAUUGGUUUGGUGUGGGGAGUAGAAUUAUCGUCACAACUAGGGAUGAGCGUCUACUAGUUGAGCAUGGUAUAGCGAUACAAUAUAAGGUUGAGGUAUUAAAGGAUGAUGAAGCUCUUGAGCUCUUUAGUCAAAAUGCCUUUAAGAAAAAUCAGCCUGAAGAAGGUUUUCUGGAACUCUCUAGGUGUUUCGUACAUUAUGCCAAAGGUCUUCCAUUAGCUCUGACAACAUUGGGAUCUUUUUUAUAUGCGAGGGGUCAAGAUACAUGGAAAAGUACGUUGGAUAAUCUAGGGAAAAUUCAUAAUCCAACAAUUUUUCACUCACUCAAAGUAAGUUAUGACGGACUAGAAGAGAUAGACAAGAAUAUUGUUCUCGAUGUUGCAUGUUUCCAUAAAGGGAAGGAUAAAGAGAAAGUAAUUGAAAUACUAGACAGUAUCUAUAAUAUUUCAAGUCGUAUUAGGAUAGAUGUUCUCAUUGAGAAAUCUCUCUUAACUAUUGAGAAACUCCGCUUUCGUAGCAACAUUGUUGAUAUGCAUGAAUUGAUACAAGAAAUGGCAAGGGAAAUUGUUCAUUUAGAGUCUCCCAAAGAGCCUUGUCAACGCAGCCGUUUGUGGCAUUGUGAUGACAUUUCUCAUGUAUUCAUGCACAAUUCGGGAACCGGAGCAAUUGAAGCCAUUGUCUUGCAUUUGCCGAAAUUAGAAGAGGUGCAUUGGAAUACUGAAGCCUUCUCUAAGAUGCACGGAUUAAGGCUUCUUGAAUUUGGUAAUGUGAUCGUUUCUUCAGGCCCCAAAGAUCUUCCAAAUUCCUUAAGAAUUAUCCAUUGGAGUUGGUACCCUUCUAAAUCACUCCCAUCAAGUUUCGAACCACCUUUCCUUGUUGAACUAGACAUGAGUGAUAGCGAACUUUCCCAUCUUUGGGAUGGAGCAAAGGUCUUGCCAAAGUUGAAAUUUAUGGACCUUAGUUACUCUUAUCAAUUGACGAGUACCCCAGAUUUCACAGGCAUUCCAAAUCUUGAGAUUUUGUGCCUAGCAUUUUGUUCGGGUUUAGUUGAGCUUCACCCCUCUGUUGCAGCUCUAAAAAAGCUGAAAGAUUUGCAACUUGUGGGGUGUACAGAUCUUAACAGUCUCCCAAGUGUGGUGGAAAUGGAUUCUCUUGAAAAGUUUAGUCUCUCUGGCUGCUCAAAGGUGAAAAACGUUAGAAGAUUUGUGGAACAGCUGAAUGAUAAAUUGGAUUCUCUUUCUUUAUUUGGGUUUCUCUUUGUGGAACAGCAAAUACGUCCAUCAAUUGAACACCUUGUCGGCCUUAAAGAGCUGGAUUUGCGCGGAUGCACAAAAAUUAACAAAAUGGUGGUGUCUUCUCUAAAUCGUUUCACGUACUUGGAAGACUUAAGUUUGAAUUAUUGUAAUAUUGGUGAAGGAGCCAUCCUUGAUGAUAUUGGCUGCUUGUCUUCUUUAAAAUACUUGCAUCUUUGUGGAAACGAUUUCGUUAGCCUUCCCUCAAGCAUUAGAUUCCUUUCUAAGCUUGUGUUUCUUGGAUUGGCAUGGUGCAAAGGGCUUGAGCGAUUGCCAGAUCUUCCGCCAAAUAUAGAAAUUGUAGACGUAGACGAUUGUAGUUCCUUAAGAAGGUUGCCAGGAGCCAAUUUGUAUGAUUUUAGGUUGAGUUGUCUAAAUUGCUUCAAAUUGGUUGAAGAAAAAGACUGGAUUAAUGCAAUAUUUGAAAUGAUAAGGACAGCGGCCAUUGAGGGAAUGCUCUUAAAAAAUAAUGGUAUUGUAUGCCCUGUAUUUGGAAUUCUAGAUUGGUUCGGUAAUCCAAGUGUGGGAGAUUCAAUAACUGUGGAGCUGCCUCUCCCUCCACACCCAUCAAAUAGCGACUGGGUUGGGGUUGCUUUCUGUGUUGUUUUUCACGGUGAAUGUUCCGCAUCCCCUAUUGGAUAUGGGUAUUUCAAAAUAGAAGUUCGAUCAUCGCAGAGAUAUUUGGAUGAGCCUCAAUCCUUUCGAGCCGGGAAUCUUCUGUCAGAACACCUUUUGGUUUUUUAUUUGCCUCGCGAUCAUCCAAGCCUCACGGAUGCCUCAACCAGUCAUCGGUUUUCGUUCGAAACGCAUUAUUCUUCAAUUAAAGAUUUGGAAGAACUCAAAACAAGCUCGAUUAUAAAGGAAUGUAGGGCUCGGUUGGUGUACAAGAGAGAUUUGGAAGAAUUCAGCCGUUUGAGGUACGGUGACGAGGCAGGUCCAAUUGGUAGUAGUGGAAGUGGUAGCUCUGAUGAGGACGAUGAACCAGUCGCCAAAAGAUUGAAGAAAGUCUAAAUUAUUUUGUGCAUGGGGCAAUCAUUCAAUGAGGUCUCAAGAUAAUACUUGAAAAGCUAAUGACGAUGAUGGUCAAUCCUCAGAAUUCAUCUCACUUCGGUAGAUUUCUCUAGAGCUAAGGUUAUUUACAAGGAAUAUGGAGAUAUGGACAAGUGUAGGCCUGCUAUUGAUUCAGCUGUUUUCCUUGGAGUUUCUAAAGGAAUUUCUCUUGGAAAAACAGUUGGCAUUAUCGGCUUGGGAAGAAUUGGCAAAGCCAGAGUUGAAGUACUAGGAAUACUAUCCAAGUUCCAUGGAGUUAGUUGGUUGUGUGAACUCUGAUCACUUCUGAGGAGACCAACGACAUUUCCUUUUACUUGAAAUUUCCCCAAAAAACGGAACCUUUCCUUGAAAUUUCCUUUUACUUUUUUGGUGGAAAACAUUAGUCCUUUCACUUUGUAAAACACUUUCAUGCUUUUCCUUUCCUUUUUUUGUUUUUUUUUCACCUUGACCCUUAUCCUGAGUAUUGGACGUGUUGAGCUCUUUCUUGGGGAGUUCCUCAUUUCUUCUUCGGUUUCUUGCCUUGACUUUUGAGUCUCUUUCCUAUGGAAGUUGUUUUGGCAUCACACGUAAUGUAAAUUUCCUUUUUUUCC